AUGGCUUCACCAGAAGUCGGUAUGGCUUAUCAGCUACCACAGCAAAUAAGUCCUCAUAGCGGUAAUGUAGCUACAUCAACUAAAGUUGUCAAUCUUUCGAGAGCUCAAGUUAAUCUUGUACAACCAGGACAAUCUGGAUAUGCAUCGCCUGUAUCUCCACAGAAUGCACAGAUGAAUGCUUACAAUUAUUCAACUCAACAAGGUCAACCUCAGCCAUCGUCUUAUGCAGCCUAUCCAGUGGGAAAUGAUCAAGCAAGUGACAGUUUUAAUCGAACAGGUUUUCAAAAUUAUGUUCAACCACAAGUUUUUACGGUUGGUUCAAGUCAACCAGCACAAAUUCAGCAGACACAACCACGACCACAAUUUCAGCAACAAGGAUGGAAUCAACCUCAACAAACACAACAGUAUAAGGUUCUUACAACUCCUUUACAAACUACAAAUAUGGGACAAGCUUAUGCUCCCUCUGUUGGUCAGAUUAACGCUCAACCAGCUUAUUCUGCUCAGCCGAAUGUCGUUUAUUACGGCCAGUCAACGCAAAAUCAACAUCAGCAAUCACCGCAGCAGCCAUACCAACCGCAGUCACAACAACAACAACAGCACCAACCACAAAGUCAGGUGGUAUAUGCACGAUCAGCCAGUCAGUCAUACGCUCCUUCAGGAAAUACCUAUCCAACUCCAGCACAAUAUACACCACAAACGGGUACAGGUGCAGUAGCCUACCAACCAACCAAUCAGGUGGCUUCAACAGUUCAACCAAUCACAAUUCAGCCCAGUCAUCAAGUGAACCAAACAAGUCAACCAAAUUUUAAUCAACCACCUAGAUUUCAACACGUGCCAAACACUAUAUCACCUACAAACCCUCCAUCUUUUCAAGCACAAAAUCAACAAGUUUAUUAUCAAAAUCAACAAAAACACCAACCCCAACAACCACAACCACAAGCAGCUUAUUCAUCUCAAACGAAUUAUAAUCAAGCUGACAAUAGAUCAACACAAGUAGUACAGUCUACCUGGAGUGCACAACCCAUACCAGCAGUAUCAACAACAGCAACACAACCAACAACAACACACCAACCAGUUCAAAACAGUCAGCCAUAUUCACAAAACUCACUGCCACCUGCAACUGCCAAUCAAGGAUUCGAUCAACAAGUUCGUAGACGUAUACCUUCCGGAGGGGUUCAAUCAAAACCUAUCAAAGUGAAAUCACUGCCAAUGCGUAAUUCAGUUUGCAUGGAUGGUGCUGACUCAUCUGGUCCACCACAAUUUGUAGUUCAUCCAGUAGCUCAAUUAACUGUAGCCGAAGGUGAACCAACCAAUAUAAGCGCUCGUGUUCGACCAGCAGGUGAUAGUUCAUUAACUGUUGAAUGGUAUAGAAAUGGUAAACCAUUACCAGCUGCCUCUCGCUUCACGACAACGUUUGAUCGAGGCUAUGCAGUGCUCGACUUUCUAUACACAAAUGAAGAUGACAAUGGUGACUAUUCUUGUGUUGCAACUAACAGUCAAGGUCAAGAUCAAUCAAGCAGUUGUCAUGUCACUAUUAUACCAGAGGAUCGUGUGGUCACUGAUACCCAGUUACCUGAAGAAUCAAUGAUUGCUAAUCUUGCUAUGAUGGAAGAUCAUCUGGUUCAGAAUGGAAUCAAUCGGUCAACUCGUUAUCAUGAUGAUGUUCGUCCAACAAAUCCACCAAACUUUUUAAAACCACUUGCACCACAAAUUGGUCUUCAAGAAUCAGCUCCAGCACAUUUUGAAACAAUUGUAGAACCUUCUAAUGAUCCUUCAUUGAUAGUUGAAUGGUAUAAAGAUGGAAAACCAGUUAGCAUGGGUUGUCGAUUUAACGCUGUUUUGGAUCGUGGAUUUGCUAUGCUGGAUAUUCACUAUUGUUAUCCAGAAGACAAUGGAGCAUACUUUUGUAUAGCUCGUAAUGCUGUAGGACAAGUUCAAAGCAACGUGGUUGACUUACAAUGUAAUGCUGAACAGCACAUAGUUACAAGUUCACUAUUAUCAAAAGAGUCGAUCAAUUAUCUUCAAAGUUUAGAUGCUUGGGAAAGCGAUGCUAUGGCAGGGUACGAUACAGUGAAAAGAGAAGAUGAAGAACCACCGUGUGCACCAUCUUUUGAUAUUCUACCUGUUGCAAUGACUGUGACUGAAGGAUCACCGGCUAAAUUCAUUGUCAAAGCAGGCGGAAAUCCGAAACCAAAAAUAUUUUGGUAUAUUGACGGGGAACUUAUGGCUUCAUUAGGUGGAGGUGGAAACUGGAGAAUCUUUCAAGAUGGAGGUAUUAGUAAUUUAGAGUUUCUUCGUGUCAGUAAUCCUGGUCAGUUGAAUAUUAGAGCUGUGGCAAGAAAUAAUAUGGGUGAAGCAGCUGCAGAGACAGUAUUAAUUAUAGAACCACAUUUGGACUUUCGACCAGAUCUACGCCACGUAGAACCAGAAAAUCCAUUUAAAAAACUCGUACAAUUACGAAAGGUGAAGUGUAGUGAUGAGUUGUCUACAGCUUUUCGUAAACCUAAAGCUCAAGCACUGGAUCUGCGCCGUUUGGAACGUGCUCUUGAAAAUCGUGGUCGUUCGGCUGCUGGUGCAGAGGUUGAAGAAGCUGAAACUCUCUACUCUCGUGUUCAAUCUCAACUGCGCACAAAUAGACGUUCUAGUGUUCCACCGCCAACGCCACCACCGCCAUCACAGACGGUUCAACAAAAUAAUAUACAAUAUCAAAGACAACCUGCACCGCCUACACCUCAGCCACAACCACAACAAAACAAUUUUCAGCCACCGAUGCAAAAACCAACACCUCGACCACAAUUUCAAGCUCCUGUCUCACCACAGCAACAACAGCAACAAUACCAACCACAACAAUCACCGCAACAAUAUCAGCAACAACAGCCGCAGCAGCAGCAGCCGCAAUUUCAACAGGCUAAUUCAGCCUUCAGGAUGAAUGCACCGACUCAACGUCCAAAUCAGCCUUCACCAAUGGUACCAGUGUCACAACCAUUAUCAAUCAAUCCACCUGGACUACAACAACCGGCAAUGGCCUACCCGGUGGCUCCAGCAGCAAGUGUUCCUCCACCACCGCCUCUUGCUACACCACCUGUGAUGAACUCGUCAUCUGAUUCACAGGUCAUACCACAAGAUUGUUAGAUUGCAAGGAUUUGAUUUUGAUUGGUUACAGAGUAUCAUCAUGAGCUAAUAUCGUUUAGAGAAUCAUUGAAAACCGCCUAGGUGCACUCGACAGCUGCUUCGUCAUCCUGCUUUGGGAGUGGCUCUUCGGCAAUACGAACACAUCGAAGUUCGAACCUAGGACCUCCUGGUUAAAAGGUGAGCUGGCAGACUAAAAGAGCCAGUGAGACGUUAUUCAGUGGUCUAUGAAUUCCAACUCCUGCCAAUUCACGAUAUGUUGAGACUGGAAAGCAUUUUUCCAACCAGCUAUGCUCCACCGGUCACGACUUCUGACUUUUCAACACAUCGUGAAUCAACGACAGUUGAAACUCAUAGGUGAUUGGAUCCAGGUUCCAGUGACUGAUGAAUGGUUAACGAGCCCAUCUUAUAACAGGAAUACCCUGGGUUCGCACCCUGGUGAUUGUUGCCUGCUACUGGAGAGUCACAAAUUAGGGUGGCGAAAUAGCUCCAUUAUGGAUAAGAUUUUAUUUUGAUAAAUCACACAGUGUUGUACAGUAAUAUUAACUGAUGACGUUUCGAGCACAAACUAUUGCUCAGAAAUAAUAAUAAUACGAAUGUACAUUAUCUCAUACUGAUUUUUAAUCCAAUAUCUAUUCGAUUCUACACAUGUAUAUAAAUGAAGAAAAACAUUUGUAUGAGUGACUUGAUAUGAUUAUGAGCAAUAAUUUGUUCUCGAAACGUGGCCAUCAGUUAAUAUUACUGUACAACACCAUGUGAUUUAUCAAAAUAAAAUCUUAUCCAUAAUGGAGUUAUACUCGACCACAAUGCUCAAGUUUUAUACUUAUAUCGAUGGCGAAAUAGUUGUCUAGUACUACCUGGGAUUCUUCGAUUCUCCCCUUACUGAUGAAAUGCUAUAACCAAUCAAGUCGAAUCCCUACUAACCAACACUAGAUUUAUCAACAUUAAAAUAAUCUGUUGUUCUGCAAGUGAAAAUUCAUAAUGAGAUAUGUCAAAGUCUGUCACACCUCCGCAUUUCGUUCAAUGAAGAAAGUUCUUUCACUUCAUCUUUAUUUACUGAAAGGCAAACGUGUUCAUCUCAUUAUGAAAACCUAUUUUGUUGUUGUUGCGAACAUCACCUUGCUUGGUUAAAAAAAAAAGACAAACAAAAUCUAUUUGUAGAACUAUUCAAUCUCAUCUUGUGGAUACUGAACACAAGAGUAAUGUUAACCAGGCUUUCAGAGUCAUUUACCGCGUACCAACAGAUCUUAACUUCGCCUUAAGAGGUUCCACUACUAAAUAUUGCUGAGGCUGUUUGGAUUCACAUCAAAAAGCUGGUUCUUAACCCGCUGGCCAUCUAGGUUCGAACGAUUCUCAAUAUGUUGUGGAAAUUUCCUUAAUUUUAGUUGAUAUUCUAUUUGCUGUUAUAUUUGUAUGCUUAUUACAGUUAAAGCAUCUUUAAUGAAGUGUAAUUCCAUCGAGAUCUUACUUUACAAAUCGAUAUUACUUUAAAAAGCACUAAUACUGUUGUAGACUACUAUUCUAGAAUAUUCUGUGUGUAUAAACAUGCACAUAUCAUUGUAGAGCCAGAAGAGGAAAUUAUCGAAAAGGAUAUUCUUCGGUGCUCAAUUAUUUUGUAUUUGUUGUGAUUAUUAAGAGUUUCUUUGCAGACCGAUGACUUUAAAUUCCACAUUACUUUGUAGCCCUAAUUCUAUAACAAACAGUGAAGAUGUCAUAUGAGGCAGUUGGAUGACUGCGGCAACAUCUCUCACUUGAAUCUUAAUUUACCUACAUCAUAGAGAAUUGAAGUUUGUACUUCCAUGGCUACCAUAGGAUAGUCGUCAAGAAUGAAAAUUUUGUGAAAUAGAGGAAUAGUCGCUAAAAUGUUUAUUACGUUUUGAUUUUUGUAUACUUCUUCUAAAUGUAUGCUUAAUUUAAAAUUGAUUUGACUACUCUUGACUGAAAACAUCACCUACCCUUAUAUUUUUCGCUAUCCUGAGUAUCUUUUUCAAACUUUUGACAAGUAGUUAAAUCCCCCAGAAAAGCGUAUAGCUCGGUUUUUUUUUAUAUUUAUAUAUAUAAUGAAAACAAAACACGUAGUUCAGCGAAGAGUCUCUUUUCACCGAAUUCAUUUUCUUAGCUGUACAAUAGCAAAUAUACAUGUGUUAUUUUGUAUGUAUGCGUACGUAAAUUUUGUCAAACAAAACUACAAUUGGUUAUGGUUAUGUUUUAAAUAAACAGGUGAAGAUUGGUUGUUGGAGUUACGUAAUACAAAAUCGAUCAAGAAAAUUAGGUGUUAAUGAAAUUAGGAUAGAAACAAAGGUGAUGAGUUGUCACAAACAGUUGUUAAAAAAGAAGUUGUGUAAUAAUAUGAGUAGUUUGAUGAUUGAGUUUUACUCAGGAUACACAUAGGAACAAAGUAGAGAAUAUGAAAUUACGUAAGAGUUCUAAAUGAACACAAGGAUUAUAAGCACUUAAAGAAUUAGGCGAGCAAACAAAUUAAGUCAUCAAAAAUCAACAAAGUUGUUACCAUGAGAGUAGAAGUGGUUGAGUAACUGUCUUUUGUAUACACAGCUCCAGUUUUCCUAUGUGAAUGUUAAGAGCUUCAGCGAUACAAAGAAGACGACUCUGUAGAUUACUUUGAAGAAGGAGGCGUUUGUUGAAAUGGAAUGAUCAGUGUUAACCAGGUGUUCAAUUGUCGCACUCCUUAAUGCGUCACUACCGCCCUUUCGCAACCAUGCUAGAUAGUGUUCUUGAAUCCCCUUGAACAGGGUGCACGUCGAACGAUCGAUGUACCUGGCUCCACAGCAGCAGAUGAACUGAUUGAUAUAUGCACAGCUCAACAACAGCCUUUAAGACUGUUCGCUGAACUACAUGUUUUGUUUUCAUUAAUUCCUUGGAUGGGGAUUAUCCAUAAAUAUAUGUAAUAUCCAACUAAUAGUACUAAUUCAUUCAUUAUUUUCUCUUUCUUUUAGAUGAUGAAUACAUCUUAUCCAUC